AUGUCUCCUGGCGACUGGCAACCGCUUGGAAUCGGUCCAGCUCCUCUCGGCCUCGAUCCCCUGCCCUCAUAUCUAUGUAGUCAACCAACGCACGGAAGCGUCACCAUCGACCUGACGGUGGUCACACUCCUACUUCAAUUGAGGGACAGCAUGAGGCUGAUCAGAGAAGACCACUUCUACAUAAUCACAACCGACGAACUUGGAAGUGGUGCGAUGAAGGAGCCUCAACGCGCUUUGUAUACGGCGGACCUGGGGAAUCUACGGGGUCGCGUCCAGACUAUGUAUAGAAGUCGCGUGAUUCACAACGACAUGGCCGAGGCGUCUGGUUGGAGACGCCCUUGGCCACCGGGCACACACCUCCAUCAACUCUCCCGUUUCCGCAGGGCGCUUUUCAAGGUGUUGGAUGGCGGCGAGAAAUCAGCCGGACGAAGAGGCGGGCAAGACGACAACCAACACGCCACAAUACCGGCAUCAAUACUUCUCCGCCGGAGGUAUGGAUGUGUCUGGCGGUCACCGCCAUCGUACAUAAAACCUCGCGAAGGGGGACACUUUCAAAACCAACUACAUAUCAAACCUUUUCUCUGGGCCAUUCCUCAGAUACAAACCUCUGUUCAACUCGCCGAAUCUCCCGUCCCGCAUCAUCAUCAUCGGGCUCCUCUUGUGCGAAGAGCCAGAGGCAAUGAACCGCCCCAGACCUGUGAAUCCUACUUCACUAUCGCUGGACCCGAUAACUUUGCCCGCUGUCAGAAUCGAGAUGGACAUGUCUUUAGUUGCGAUGCGAGGGAUUGUCCUGGCUUCAACGCUCGGGAUGGCUUUGCUCUCCAUGGCUGUUAUGCCCUCGAUUCUGCUAGCAAUUUGGUCGGAGGUGCGACUACCGUGUACCCGUUCUUCUAUAAACUCGAAUCCCAAUAUCUUGAGGUCCGCGAUGGAGCCGGGACCGGGUUCAUGUGUUAUGCCGAUCAGAACGUGGGAAACAGACUUGGUCAGUCGGCCCCAAAAUCGCUCGAUCUUCCGCGCACAUUGUAA